AUGCGUUCGAAUAGGAUACAGUGAGAAUAGCCGCUAACUAAAACUAUCAAUCAAUCAAUAGAUAUAUAUAUCAAGUUUAUUUGUGGAUAUGAUGUAUUUUUCUAUUCAAGAUAUAGUGACAUGAACCCAUCCAAAUAAGUUAACAGAAGUGUCCGAUUGCAAGAUUAAAUAGUCAUGAAAAUAAUAAAGUGUCUUUUUUUAUAUUUAAUCGCUGAAGUUUUUUCCAUGAAAAGCCUUAUUGUUAUUUUGGUUUAAAUUGCCAACUAUGCUCAUCAUCUUAAAAUGGGAUUUAGCACCAGAAAAAAGCUUAAUGGAAAAAAAUAAAGCCAUUUAUUUGAAAUCUUUGGCUAUGUAAAAAUCUUAUGAUGUAUUCAAGUUGUAUAUCAAGCUAAAUUCAUGAAAGUUUUAAAAUCUGUCAGAACGCCAGACAGAGUUAUACCGAAGUGGGAUGGCUCAACAUAGCUAUUCUCGUAUAACUUUUUCACGUACUCUCAUAUGCAAAGCUGUGAUUUUGUUGGUGUUUACAGUUAUGCUCCUGGAUUAUAGUUACUACCUUUUUUCUGAUCGGAAGCCCAUAAAUAAGAUAGUGGCUCCUGGAUUAGCAUGGAUUUCUCAUCUAAAUCAAAAAUUAAGUGAUACUAAAGCACUUUCAAAUAAUAGUUUUCUUCCUUUAAAACCUCAUAAUAUUUUAUUAAAUCGUUCUUUAGUUUCAGAGUCAUCAAAUAGUUCAAAACUUUAUUCUUCUAAGGUAGAAAAUAAAAACAUUUCUCUGAAUUUCAUAAAUUCUAGUCAUUUGGAGCCAUCCACAGAAUGUCCAUUAAUACCGCCCAAGUUAG